CACAACUAACCAAACACCUCCCUCCCGACCCAUACACUCUCUCUCCCUACUCUCAACUGGCACCGCACAGCGGCAAAGCCACCCACCAUGCCCACCGCCCUCGAACUAAUCCACCUCAUAACCCCCGCGGUCCUCUCCCUCCCCGUCCUCUCCCUCCUGCCUGCACCCAAAGCCGCACCACCAGAACCAGAGGGCAUCAGAGCCGUCACAAUAAAGACGGUCACGCCGCGCCGCGGCUGGAUCCUCCUCGUCCUCCUCGCGCUCGCGGCCACCGCUGCCGCCGAAGCCGUCGUCCUCUCUGCCGACCUGCUGACUGCGAACGCGCGCGGCGUCUCCCAUUCCUCAUGGUACAUCUACACCUCGGCCGCGCACGCCAUCGGCGGCCUCACAAUCUACUUCCUCACGGCCAUCGUCGCAGAGUGGCGCACACGCUGGGGCGACAAGGCCAUCGUCCUCCUCGCGGUCUUGGCCUUCGGGCUCGAGAUCCCAAACCUCGUCCUGACUGUCAUUGCCGAGGUCCACAGUGAACCCGCCCAGCGAAUCUUCAACAUCCUGCUCCUCCCUCCGUCGGCCCUGCGCCUCCUCCUGCUCCCCGUGCUUGUGGCGCUCGUCCUCAACCCUAUCAUCCGCUUUGAGGCCGCAGACGAGCGCACGGGCUUGCUGCCUCCUGUUACGCCGACGACGGGUCUGGGCGUGUACGGCACGUUUGGCGACGCCGAGGCGGGCAUCAAUGGCGGAGGCACCUCGGCAAGUCGUGACCCGUCCAUCGCGCCGCAGACCGCGCUCGGCACGCCGACGAUUGGCGGUGCCGCGGCGGGCGGCGGGGCGACAUCGCCCUCCGGCGUGCAGAAGCAGGUCGUGAUCCCGAAAAAGCUCGGUGUGAAGAAGGACGAGAUUCAAGGCAUCUCGUGGAAAGCUUUCUGGACUCGACUCUGGAAGCUCAGGCCGUACCUGUGGCCCUCUACGAGCUGGAAGCUCCAGGUCUGCUGCCUCCUCUGCGUCUUCAUCCUCAUCUGUGGCCGCCUCGUCAACAUUGCCGUUCCCAACAUGCUCGGCCAGCUCGUCACUGCCCUCAUCGCCAACUCGCCAAGCGGGCGUUCCAAGGACCCGUCGGCACCGCCUCCGCCGUCCCCCUGGCCUUACCUCGCUGGGUAUGUCGGCCUCCGCGCUAUCCAGGGCGGUGGCUUCCUCGGCUUCUUCCAAAACCUCCUCUGGGUUCCCGUCCAGCAGUACGCCGACCGCGAGAUGCAGCUCCUGCUCUUCAACCACCUCCUCGACCUCUCGCUGGCGUUCCACACAAAGCGCAACACUGGCGAGGUGCUCAAGAUUAUCGACCGCGGAUCGGCAAUCAACAACCUUCUCCAGAUUCUCCUCUUCUCGGCCGCCCCGACAAUCGUUGACAUUGUUCUCGCGUUCCUGUACUUUUACUUCUUCAUCGACAAGACUCUCGGCACACUCCUCGGCUUCGUCAUGUUCUGCUACGUCACCUUCUCGAUCGUGUUCACUAGCUACCGCACCAAGCUUCGCCGUCAGAUGAUCGACCGUGAUAUCAAGACGCGCGGCAUUGCCUCCGACGUCUUGACCAACUGGGAGAGCGUCAAGUACUUUACUGCUGAGAGGCGCGAGUCCGAGCGCUUCCGCGGUGCUAUCCUCGCGUACCAGGAGACCGAGUCCAAGGUCCUCGUCAGCUUCAACCUGCUCAACCUCUGCCAGAGCUUCCUCAUGUCCUUGGGCGUACUUGCCGGUUCCAUUAUCAUGUCCCAGCGCAUCCUGGCCGGCGAAUCGCAGCCAGGAGAGUUUGUCACCUUCAUCGCAUACCUUCAACAGCUGUACUCGCCGCUUGAUCGCCUUGGCACUCUCUACCGCCAGCUCAACCAGAACUCGACCGACGCGGAGAAGCUGUUCAGCCUCCUGGCACAGCCCACGGAGAUCAGGGACAAGCCUGGAGCCAAGGAUCUCGUGGUCACCGACGGUGUCAUCGAGUUCGAGGACGUGCACUUUUCGUACGACGGGACUACCCCUGCUCUCCGCGGCGUAUCGUUCAAGAUUGACAAGGGCGAGAGCAUGGCGCUGGUUGGCGAGUCGGGUUCCGGCAAGUCGACCAUCCUCCGCCUCCUGUACCGCUUCUACGACAUCAACUCGGGUCGCAUUCUCAUUGACGGACAGGACAUUUCACAGGUUACCCAGCUCAGUUUGCGCCGCGCCAUCGGCAUUGUCCCCCAGGACAGCGUGCUCUGGAACGACACGAUCGGCGCCAACAUUGCUUACGGCAAGGAGGGAGCUACCGACAACGAGAUCAUCACGGCGGCCAAGGCGGCCAAGCUCCACGACCGUAUCCUCACCUUCCCAGAAGACUACUCCACGAUUGUCGGUGAACGUGGAGUGCGACUCUCUGGCGGCGAGAAGCAGCGUGUCAGCCUCGCCCGCAUGUUCCUCAAGUCGCCCGCUAUCCUCGUUCUUGACGAGGCGACUUCUGCACUCGACACGGAGACUGAGCGUGAAAUCCAGAAGGCACUCGCCGAGCUCGCCAAGAACCGCUCAAGUCUGUCAAUCGCACACCGCUUAUCGACCAUCAUCAACUCGGACCAGAUUGUCGUCAUGAAGGACGGCCGAGUGCUUGAGCAUGGCACAUAUCACGACCUCAUCGACCUCAACGGCCAGUUUGCCGUCAUGUGGAAGAAGCAGAUCUUCACCGAGGCCGAGAUGCUGUCUGGUGCUGGAGAGCCUUCGGCCAUCACGGCGCCGGUGGUCGACGCUGUUGAGAAGGGCCGCGAGGGUGUUGCCGAGGCCCUUGAGAAGGAGGUGGACGCUGCCGCCGAGCAGGUCCACAUCCACCGCGCCAGCCCUCCCAGCACUGUCAACGAGCACUCCGAGGCGGAACCGGAGCCGGCAGAGCCGGUGGAGCCUGCAGAGGCCCCUGAGCCCGCGCCAGUCGUCCCCAGUGACAGCGUUGUCAUUCCUGGGGUGUCCUAUGCCCAGGUCGUGUUUGAGCCCGGACUGCGCCUUGAAGCCGCAGAGCCCGAGUCGUCGCCAGAAACGGGCACGUCGACGCCGGCAGCCAAGCGCCCGGCCGUUUCCUUCCCUGGAGAGGCAGAGGGCUACGACACGUCGGCAGCGGACAUGUCGCGCUCGUCGAGCAAAUCGGGUGGCCGGCGCCGUUCGAUUGACUUUGCGACCGCCACUGCUGGCUCCUUGACCACUAUCCAGCGGUCCCUGUCGCAGCGCUCUGGCCCAGAGGAGGGCACGCAUGAACCCACCGAGGGCAAGGGCAGCCGCCGCAAGCGCCUGUCGAGCAUCAAGGGCUUUGUACGCCGCAUCUCGGACCAGAGCAAGGUCGUCACACCCGGUAUGGCCCGCUCGACGAGUAACGGCGGCAGCAGCAGAGGCUCGCUCGAGGGCCAGCGCGACGCGACUCCUCCCCCCGAGGACAAGGACGACAAGGAGGUCAAGAAGAGGAACCGCAAGUCGUCGAUUUUCUAGAUGUGAUGCAUGUUUUAUUGGUUCACA